CCCUGUGCAAGCUGGAGAGUUCACAGGGUCUUCUCUGCGCCACGUUGUCACUCGCGAGACACGCGGUUAGAACAUAGAGGUCCCUUGUCGAAUACUGCACCGGAGUGUGUGAGGGACCCUGGCCAUGGACCAGCCAGCUGGCUUGCAGGUGGACUACAUCUUCCGGGGUGUGGAGCAUGCUGUGCGGGUGGUGGUUUCGGGGCAGGUGCUGGAGCUGGAGGUGGAGGACCGGAUGACGGCUGACCAGUGGCGUGGAGAGUUUGAUGCCAGCUUCAUUGAAGAUUUGACUCACAAGACGGGAAACUUCAAACAGUUCAGCAUUUUCUGUAACAUGCUGGAGUCGGCCCUUACCCAGAGCAGUGAGUCCGUCACCCUGGACUUGCUCACCUACACAGACCUGGAGACCCUGCGGAGCCGCAAGCUGGGGGGCCGCCCGGGUGCCUUGGCCCCCAGGUCAGCACAGCUCAACUCCAAGCGUUACCUCAUCCUCAUCUAUUCCGUGGAGUUUGACAGGAUUCACUACCCGCUGCCCCUCCCGUACCAGGGCAAGCCGGACCCCGUGGUUCUGCAGGGCAUCAUCCGCUCACUGAAGGAGGAGCUGGGCCGCCUUCGAGGGCUGGAUGGCGGCCAGGAUGGUCGUGAUACCCGGGAGACUGAGAUCUGGCACCUGAGGGAGCAGGUGACCCGCCUGGCAUCGGAGAAGCGCGAGCUGGAGGUGCAGCUGGGUCGCUCCCGAGAGGAGGCGCUGGCCGGGCGGGCGGCGCGCCAGGAGGCCGAGGCGCUGCGCGGGCUGGUGCGGGGACUGGAGCUGGAGCUGCGGCAGGAGCGCGGCCUCGGGGGCAGGGCUGCUGGCCGUCGCAGCCAGGACUGCCGCCGCCUGGCCAAGGAGCUCGAGGAGGUGAAGGCGUCGGAGCGCAGCCUGCGAGCGCGGCUGAAGACGCUCAACAACGAGCUGGCCAUGUACCGAAGGGGGAGACGCACGCUGCCGGCGCCGGCUCCAGCCCGGGAGGAUCGAGCUUCGUCGUCCCGGGAGCGCUCCACGUCUCGCGGCCGCGCGGCCACUCGCUCCUCGUCGCGGGAGAGUGGCCGUGGGGCCAGGGGUCGCGGCCGGCCGGCACGCCCCUCGCCCUCGCCCACAGGUGGUCGUGCGCCCCGUUUUGACCCCACAGCCUUUGUGAAAGCCAAGGAGAAGAAGCAGAGAGAGAUCAGGAUGAAGCAGCAGCAGCAGCAGCGGAACCGAAUGGGCAGUGGAGGAAGCGGGGACGGGCCGUCCGUCUCCUGGUCUCACCAGACUCGGCCCGCUGCUGCGGUGACGGGCCGAGGGGACGCUGCCAGCCGCUCCCGGAACCGCAGCUCCUCGGUGGACAGUUUCCGCAGCCGCUGCUCGUCAGUCAGCUCCUGCAGCGAGUUGGAGGAUUUCUCUGCCUCGGUUUCCAGGAGUCGUCGCUGCCGUGGCCGUGGGAAACCCCCCAGCCCCACACCCUGGAGCGGGUCCAAGACGAAGUCUACCACUCGAGAACGCAACAAUCACCAGAGACACCUGGCUAGUUCCGGGGGCUGGGUCCCCAUCAAAGAGUACAGCUCUGACUUCCAGGGAGCUGACAUGGCUGAAAUAGAUGCCCGCCUGAAGGCUUUGCAAGAAUACAUGAACAGGCUGGACACUCGGUCAUGACCCUGGAGAGGUGGUACCCUGACUUCCCAUUCCACCAUCAGUGGGUCUGGUGUGGAGGCAGCGCCCUCCUGUGCUCCACACCUCUAGGUGCUCCUGGAGUCUCAGGUGUGUGAGGCCCUGACCCCCCCCCUCUCUCCCAGUAAUGCAUUCUAGGAGAAGAGGGUAUGUGUAUUUUGUAAAUAAAUAUGGUUGUUCUUGGCU